UGGUCGGGUCUGGGGGACUCCAUGCGGGGGCCAUGGACAGAGCGGCGCUCCUGGGCCUGCCCCGCCUGUGCGCGCUGUGGGCAGCCUUGCUCGCGCUGUUCCCCUGCGGAGCCCAAGGAAACUGGAUGUGGCUGGGCAUCACCUCCUUCGGGGUUCCGGAGAAACUGGGCUGCGCCAACUUGCCACUGAGCAGCCGCCAGAAGGAGCUGUGCAAGAGGAAGCCGUACCUGCUGCCCAGCAUCCGCGAGGGCGCGCGCCUGGGCAUCCAGGAGUGCAGGAGCCAGUUCAGGCACGAGCGAUGGAACUGCAUGGUCGCCUCCACCGCCGCCCCGCCCGCCACCAGCCCAGUCUUCGGCUACGAGCUGAACAGCGGCACCAAGGAAACAGCAUUCAUUUAUGCAGUGAUGGCUGCUGGCCUAGUGCAUUCUGUGACCAGGUCAUGCAGUGCAGGCAACAUGACAGAAUGUUCCUGUGACACCACCUUGCAGAAUGGCGGCUCGGCGAGCGAAGGCUGGCACUGGGGGGGCUGCUCUGAUGAUGUCCAGUAUGGCAUGUGGUUCAGCAGAAAGUUUCUCGAUUUUCCCAUCAGAAACACCACGGAAAAAGAAAGCAAAGGUCUGUUAGCAAUGAACCUGCAUAACAAUGAAGCGGGAAGGCAGGCUGUAGCCAAGUUGAUGUCCGUAGACUGCCGCUGCCAUGGGGUUUCGGGCUCCUGUGCCGUGAGAACCUGCUGGAAAACCAUGUCUUCUUUCGAGAAGAUCGGUCAUUUGUUGAAGGAUAAAUACGAAAACAGUAUCCAAAUCUCAGACAAAAUAAAGAGGAAAAUGCACAGGAAAGAAAAAGAUCAGAGAAAAAUACCGAUCCGCAAGGAUGAUCUGCUCUACAUUAAUAAGUCUCCCAACUACUGUGUGGAGAAUAAGAAACUGGGGAUCCCAGGGACACAAGGCAGAGAAUGCAACCGCACAUCCGAGGGCGCCGAUGGGUGCAACCUCCUGUGCUGUGGCCGGGGCUACAACACUCACGUGGUGCGGCACGUGGAGAGGUGCGAGUGUAAGUUUAUCUGGUGCUGCUAUGUCCGCUGCAGGAGGUGUGAAAGCAUGACUGACGUCCACACCUGCAAGUAACCACACGGUCCAGCCUUGGGCAAGACUCCCCAGUGACACACAACUAGAGCACAACCCACAUACCCGGUUUCCCAGCUGUGCAGGGCUGGUGACGUUGACUCCUGUGCUGGGAUUCCCAGAUCCUUGGGCUUUUCAGAGUUUCCUUUACCUGAGCAACAUCCAAUCACAUAGGAAGCAUGUGACUUUCUUGGUAUUCCAAAGUUAAAAAGGUUUGGCUUCAUCCUCGACUGUGGACUCAGUAAUGCUCACUGAAUAUUAGACAUUUUUAAAAGACACCUCUUAUAGCAGCAAGGGGUGUACACAUGAAUCUCAUUUACUCUCUCAGUAUUUUAGAUGGAGAAAUCAUCCUAAGUAUUGGUGCAAAGAAACAGAAGGUGUUGAAAAGUUAACAGAAGCGGUCCUUACUUGCCCUUUCCUGAACUUCAAAAGUAGUUUAAAGGAAUUUUCAUAAAUGACACAAUAUCCCUGAAAAAUGUUUUUGAGAGAUGUUUAGUGACAAAAGGAAAGAAACAAAAGGUGAAAAACAAAAUGUGUAAUUUGGUUUUUAAGUGCCCUUUAAACAGCAGAAGUUACCUAGAACAACUCCAGCAAAGUGUAUAGCAGUCCUUGAUUUGGGGAUUUACAGUUUAAUCAUAGACCAAUUUGCACUGUUAAAAACCCAGCUCUGAGAUACUGGGGGAUGGAGGGAUCCUAAAACAUGUGGGAAAAAAAUGACAUUUAAAGAUAAAAAUUUAAAGGGCUCUAUAAGUAUUGUAAGGAAAAAGCACCCUUUAAAUGUUCAAAGACAGCAUUUUGUAAAGUAUUUUGCUAAAAAAAAAGUUUUAUAUUUUGUUAAUACAGUAUUUAAAUUAUGGAAUAUAUUAAAACUUAAAACAUUUAUUGCCAAAGGCCAAGAGCUAAAGCAGUAAGAUUAUCUCUGAAAUAAGAUUAGCUUGUUGUUUUUUUCAUACUAUUAACUGACUUUUUUUACAUUGAAAAAGAAUUAAUUAAUUGAGUAGCUAUAUGGAUGUGUAUUUCUUGCCACAAUGACAGCUUUCUAUGUUACAGAUUAAAAUAUGUUGCGAAAUUUUGAGAACUGUGUUAUUUCAGCAGUCAGAUUAACUGGAUUCUCUUUUCACAUUAGUUAUGCUUAACUUGUAAGGUUAUUAUAAUAAAUAAUACAGUAAAGGUCUUAACUAGAAAAAAAGAAUCUAAAGCAGAAUAACAAUUUGUGGAUUUGAUAUCCUGGAUAUUUAUUAUAUUAUAUGUAAUGCUGCAUUUCCAUUUGAAUGUUGAAUGGUUUUUCUUGUCUUAAUAUUCAUGCAUGCAUAUUCAUUAUAUUUUACAAGGUUCCUGGUGAAAAUUAUAG